UGAGAGCGGUGAUCAGAGGUCGAUUCCCCAGCAGCCGCUCGGAUAAAACGGAUCCCCAGUCGGGCCAGAUGCGGGUUUAGUUCGGGUCUGGACCAGAUGAAGGUUUAGUCCGGGUCAGGACCUGGCCUCGGUCUAAGUCAAGUUCACAGUCGCGGUUGCUCUCUAGUUCUGAGUCGAAUUUGCGUCAUCAUCGGUUUCCUAGAAUGUCCAAACUACCAGGAAACGCAGGUGUGUCGUUACUGGGCGACAAGUCCCUGGAGUUCUACCGGGACCCGGUGAGCUUCUACCGGCAGCGGGUGGACAAGCACCGGGGCCGGGUGUUCCAGGGCCGGCUGCUCAACAGACCCACCGUGUUCGUGUGCUCCGCGGCGGGGAUGAGAGAGCUGCUGGGCGAGAAAUCCAACGUGUUCCUGAAGGAUCCCACUGACUUGAUGACCAGCAUGUACGGUGACACCCUUGUCACCACUAAUGGUGAAGAGGCAUGUCUUCUCCGUCUGUCCCUCACCAGCCUGUUCACAGGAAGCUGUUUGAAAUCAUCAAAUGAUUAUAUCAGCAGUGUAUGUGUGCGCUGUCUGAAGGACCUCUCUCUCAGUGGGCAGCCAGAGUGUGUGUACUCGGUCUUCAAGUGUCUGGGGACGGAGUUGGUUUUGGGCCUUUUUCUGAACGUAAGAGCGGAGGAGCAGCCGGAGCUGUUCCACGAAAUCAUGCAGCUCUGCACCCUGCACUGGCACGGUCUGAUCUCUGCCCCGGUCAACAUGAAGGUUCCUCUGUGGUCGUCGGGUUUCUCCACCGCUCUGGACGCCAGAGACAAACUAAUGGACAUCAUCAAAGACAAACUGGAGAAUGACAAACAGGGUUUUGUCGGCUCUCUCGGCUCUCUGCCUCUGCCCGACUCCUCAGCUGCCUCCCAGCAUCUCCUGCUGUUCAUCUCAGCUCUGAUCCCCAAAGCUUUUGCGUCGCUGCUCACCUCCUUCACUCUGGCACUCAGCGGGAACGAACAGGAGAACAAACGUCGGCGAGCGAGAGAAGAACCUGACUACCUGCACAACGUACUGCUGGAGGUGCAGAGACUCUGGCCUGCUUUCAUCGGCGGACGCAGAAUUGCUGAUCUGGACUCCACCCUCGCAGGGUUUCACGUCCCAAAGGGCCACGGCGCAAUCUACAUCAGCCACGGCGUCCACCGUGACCCGGAGGUGUUCCAGCAGCCAGAUGACUUCCUGCCAGAGAGGUGGAGCGGCAGGAAUGCAGGUCAGGAGCAUUUCCUGUGCUCCUUCGGCAGCGGGGCCAGGAACUGCAUCGGAUCCAAGCUUGCUGACGUCUUCCUCAAGGAAGCCUGUGUGUACCUGUUAACACACUACGACUGGUGUUUGGAUCCUCCAUCUCAGGACCUGGAGUACAAAUGGCUGCCUGUGUCUCGCCCCGCCAACCCCCCCACCAUGUCCUUCGCCCGACUGGAUCAGACCAGAUCUGACAAGAGUGACACCAGCUAAGGGAUGCACAGCACAUCCAGUGACGUUACCACUUGAUAGAUUCAAAAACAACAACAACAUGUAGGCUCUGAAGAAAUCUGAGAGGGAAGCCGUCAAACUGAGAGGCUUUCCCCCCCCGCUGCGUAUAAUACAGUAAUCUUCCUGGGGGAAGCCGAGGAGUGUGUUGGUUUCACUCUGCCAGUUCCUCUGCAGCUGUCUGUGAUGAAUCUGCACCAGAAGCUCAAUGACUCAUUCUUCCUUUUGUUAAAUAUGACAACGCUAGACGGUAUAUUUUUUUCCUAUUAUCCCAUAUUUUACAGCAUAAAAAAAGAUCACGACACACAAAUCUCUUCGGCUCAUUAGAUUUAACUGCAGCAACUUGUCUCAUACAUCAGGCUUUGCUUCAAGGUUGAGCAGAUACUGUGUAUAUUCAAAUUGUAUUCCUUUUUUUUACCUGUUUUUAAUUCAAAUUGAUAAAUCUCCAUAGCUGCAGUUUUAAUAACGUAGAAAUCGUUUUUUUGCCACACUGUAGAGUCAGUGUUUCAACUAAAUAAAUCAACACACACACACACACACACAAAAAAAAACACACACAGAGGUAAGCCCUCAGAUUCCAUCACUGACGGCAAACCUGCCUACCCCCCCUCCUCCUAGCAACCACCACUGCUUAGCAACAGUUCGUCAUACCGACAGUGACUUGUCCUCCCUUAGUAUGCAAGUCUGUCUCUCGCUCUCACUCUCACUCAACACACACACACACUAACCAGGUUAGUUUUGAAUGCGUUCAGUCGGCAGUGAUACACACGCCAUCUGAAUCUCAUGUAAACGAGGCCAGGAGGCUUCUCAGAGCACGUCCCUGCAUUUUAAAUAAUUUUGGAGACUUGGAAUGAUGUUUAGCACUUGAAUCGUGGACCACUGCAGCCUUACUAUCUGCCUGCAACACUAAUACCAGUUUAAUGUCUUAAUUUAUUCAUGUGAAAGUGUAGCAAUAACAAUUAUUAUUGUUUAUGUUUGUAUCUGUUUCAUGGAAAUGCUGUAAGCGUUAAAGCGUUUGUAACAUCAUGUGAUGUUUUUGAGACAGAAAUCUCGACUUCCGUGCUGCAUUGUUGUUUUAUAAGCCUGUGUUUAAAGUAAAGAAUUGUUCAUAUAUGAGCAAAAUG